AUGCUCAGCGGGACUCGAACCUGGUUCAUGGCAGUGCAGGGCAGUACAAUACAGCACAGCAACACACGCGGGAUGAGCAAAAGGAGGAGGAGGAGGAGGAGGAGAGGUGCUUGUCCCAAAAAGAGGCCUGUACCGUCAACAGACAUACAGACAGUCAGCGAGACAGACACCCGGACAAUGCGCUUGAUGCGUCCCGAGUGCAUCCGUGCGGAGAGAGAGCAUGCGAGAGAGUCUCGAGGGGAUCUGGCUGAACGAUGCCGUCGAAUCGAUAGCACUGGCACAGGCCGGGCCGGUUGUGCACCAACACGCAGGCGCGACCGAUCAUCCUCUCGCCUCAGCCUUCGCACCCAAUCGAUACGUCCUGUCGGACUGCCCGUCUGA